AUGAUUCUUACGAUUUCAGGGUUUUUUUUGUCGGCGCGAAAUGAGUGGGAAAGCGGAUUUUUGACCAUGAUAUCAGCACUGAAAAAGAAAUUUGGUGCCGCUGAAAACGGUGCUACUGAGCGACAUGCAGGCGGUGUUGUGCGUAUGCCACAUGGAAUUGCCGCUCUUGGCCGUGACCUUCAGAAGAAAUAUGCAAAAGGAGUACAGUAUAACAGUAAGUUUUCGAUUUUUUUUUUUCACACUUUAUCUUCAUUUAUGAUUUUGGUAGUUGGCCUUUGGGGAUGUGCUAGUGAAGCCUCUGAACCAAAUUUAGCCCAAAUUUUGAUCAGUGAUCUUUUAAACUUGUAA